AUGUCGGAUCAGAUUCUCUACGUUACUGUUCUCGUAGGGUUACUCCUACUGUACAGGCUUGCGAAUUCAACAGACAAGCCCAAGAUCAAGGGUAUUCCCGAAAUUCCUGGUGUACCACUUUUUGGAAAUCUGUUCCAACUGGGAACAGACCAUGCAAGAGUUGCACGAAAAUGGGUUGCAAAGUAUGGACCUGUCUUUCAGACACGUCUGGGUAACAAGCGAGUUGUUUAUGUCAACUCUUAUGACGCUGUUAAACAUUUCUGGAUCACUCACCAGUCGGCACUCAUCUCGCGCCCCAUGUUCCACACAUUUCACUCGGUAGUUUCAACAUCUCAAGGUUUCACAAUCGGCACUUCGCCCUGGGACGAGUCGUGCAAGGCCCGUCGAAAGGCUGCAGCAACUGCCCUCAACCGCCCUGCCACCCAGUCAUAUAUGCCAAUUCUUGACCUUGAGUCUUUUGUCAGCAUUAAAGAGCUCUUUGAUGACUGCGAGAAAGGGACAAAAGAUCUGGACCCUUCCCCUUACUUCGCUCGGUUUGCCCUCAACACGUCUCUGACUCUUAACUAUGGAUAUCGCAUCAACGGGGAUGUGAACAGCGAGUUGCUCCAUGAAAUUACCCAUGUGGAACGGGAAAUUUCCAACUUCAGGUCAACAAGUAACAACUGGCAGGAUUACGUACCCUUGCUACGACUGUGGGGAGCACAGAACUCUUCGGCUGGUGAAUUCAGAGCGAGACGCGACAAGUACCUAACCGACAUGUUGAACCAUCUCAAGAGUCGCAUUGCAGAGGGAACAGACAAGCCUUGCAUCACCGGAAACAUUCUGAAGGACCCUGAAGCAAAAUUGAAUGAAGCCGAGAUCAAAUCUAUUUGCCUCACCAUGGUAUCUGCAGGUUUGGACACAGUCCCGGGUAACCUCAUCAUGGGAAUAGCAUAUCUCGCGACGCCGCACGGCCAGGAGAUCCAAGCCAAGGCACUGGAAGAGAUCUACAAGGUUUACCCUAACGGCGAAGCUUGGGAACGAUGUCUCGUGGAAGAAAAGGUUCCCUAUAUCACAGCCCUUGUCAAGGAGAUUUUGCGAUUCUGGACGGUUAUUCCGAUUUGUUUGCCGCGAGUCAACAUCAAGGACAUCCCGUACAAGGGUGCUACAAUCCCUGCAGGAACAACAUUCUUCAUGAACGCAUACGCCGCAGACUAUGAUGAGUCGCGAUUCGCAAAGCCUUUUGAGUUUAACCCUGAACGAUAUAUGGAUGAUAAGGAAAUCGGAACACCGCAUUACGCCUAUGGUGCUGGAUCGCGAAUGUGCGCAGGAUCUCAUCUGGCCAACCGCGAGCUUUACACUGCCUUUAUCCGUCUUAUCACAGCUUUCGAGAUGGUUCCUCCGAAAGAUAAGAGCGACGAGGCAAUCAUGGACUCAAUUGAAUGCAACGCCGUGCCUACUUCACUAACCACAGACCCGAAGCCUUUCAAGGUCGGGUUUAAAACAAGAUCCGAAUCAAGAUUGAGGGAGUGGAUAGCCGCUGCUGAUGAGCGAACCAAGGAAUUGAGAUGA